CGCGGCCCUGUGCUUGCUGCGCUUGUAUAGGACGUCCCCCGACCUCGUGCCGAUGGGCGACUGGACUUCGCGCGUCGUGCACCUCCUCAACGACCAGCACCUGGGGGUGGUGACGGCCGCCACCAGCCUCAUCACCACGCUGGCCCAGAAGAACCCAGAAGAGUUCAAGACGUCCGUCUCCCUCGCAGUGUCCCGGUUAAGCAGAAUCGUGACGUCUGCAUCGACGGACCUACAGGACUACACGUAUUAUUUUGUGCCGGCGCCCUGGCUCUCUGUCAAGCUUCUGAGGCUGUUACAGUGCUACCCGCCGCCAGAAGACCCUGCAGUGCGCGGCCGCCUGACCGAAUGCCUCGAGACGAUCCUGAACAAGGCUCAGGAGCCCCCCAAGUCCAAGAAGGUGCAGCACUCCAACGCCAAGAACGCCGUCCUCUUCGAGGCCAUCAGUCUCAUCAUUCACCAUGACAGUGAGCCCAAUCUGCUGGUGCGUGCCUGCAACCAGCUGGGCCAGUUCCUCCAGCACCGGGAGACCAACCUGCGCUACCUGGCCCUGGAGAGCAUGUGCGCCCUCGCUAGCUCCGAGUUCUCCCACGAGGCCGUCAAGACCCACAUCGACACGGUUAUCAACGCCCUCAAGACGGAGAGGGAUGUGAGUGUGCGGCAGAGAGCGGUGGACCUCCUCUAUGCCAUGUGCGACCGCAGCAACGCCCAGCAGAUCGUCGCUGAGAUGCUCAAUUACCUGGAGACGGCCGACUAUUCCAUCAGGGAGGAAAUCGUCCUCAAGGUGGCCAUCUUGGCCGAGAAGUACGCGGUGGACUACACCUGGUACGUGGACACCAUCUUGAACCUGAUCCGCAUCGCCGGGGACUAUGUCAGCGAGGAAGUGUGGUACCGCGUCAUUCAGAUUGUGAUCAACCGGGACGACGUGCAGGGCUACGCCGCCAAGACUGUGUUUGAGGCUCUUCAGGCACCAGCUUGCCACGAGAAUCUGGUCAAGGUUGGAGGCUACAUCUUGGGGGAGUUUGGAAACUUGAUCGCCGGUGACCCGAGGUCCAGCCCCCUGAUUCAGUUCAACCUGCUGCAUUCCAAGUUUCACCUGUGCAGCGUGCCCACACGGGCCCUGCUCUUGUCCACCUACAUCAAGUUUGUGAAUCUCUUCCCUGAAAUCAAGACGACGAUCCAGGACGUCCUGCGCAGCGACAGCCAGCUCAAAAACGCUGACGUGGAGCUGCAGCAGCGGGCCGUGGAGUACCUGAGGCUGAGCACCAUCGCCAGCACCGACAUCCUGGCCACUGUACUGGAGGAGAUGCCUCCGUUCCCGGAGCGUGAGUCGUCCAUCCUUGCCAAGCUGAAGAAGAAGAAGGGCCCCAGCACGGUCACAGACCUGGAGGAGACCAAGAAGGAGAGGAGCGUGGACAUGAAUGGGGGCACCGAGCCAGCCCCAGUCAAUGCCAGCACUGUGGUGUUUCCUGCUUCUCAGCCCCAGGACCUCUGGCCAGAGCUGGCUCCUGUGUCCAGACCUCGUCCCUCCACCCAUCUGGUCUCUCUUCUUCCUCCUCCCCACAUGGGCGUCCCCUGCCUGCAGCCAGGAGCUGGAGAAUGCCUUCUGGAGUCCACUCCUUCUCCAUCUGCGGACCUCCUGGGUCUGGGCACCGGCCCUCCGGCCAACGCGGCGCCCCCUCCGGCCUCCAGUGGCAGUUUGCUGGUGGACGUGUUUUCAGAACCUGCUUCUGCAGUGGCCCCACUCGCUCCUGGCUCACAAGAGAACUUCGCAAGCCCCGACCUGGCUUCAGCUGAGCUAGUUUCUGAGGACCCGGCUGACACUGGGCACGGUGCCGAUGAGCUGACGCACAAGUUUGUCUGCAAGAACAACGGGGUGCUCUUUGAGAACCAGCUGCUGCAGAUCGGCCUCAAGUCGGAAUUCCGUCAGAACCUGGGUCGCAUGUUCAUAUUUUACGGUAACAAGACCUCGACACAGUUCUUAACUUUCACCCCGACACUGAUCUGUUCGGACGACCUUCAGUCCAAUCUGAACCUGCAGACCAAGCCCGUGGACCCCACGGUGGAUGGGGGCGCCCAGGUGCAGCAGGUGGUGAACAUCGAGUGCAUCUCGGACUUCACGGAGGCGCCCGUCCUCAAUAUCCAGUUUAGGUAUGGGGGGACCUUUCAGAACGUGUCCGUCAAGCUGCCCAUCACCCUCAACAAGUUUUUCCAGCCCACAGAAAUGGCCUCCCAAGAUUUCUUCCAGCGCUGGAAGCAGUUGAGCAAUCCCCAGCAGGAGGUCCAGAACAUCUUCAAGGCCAAGCACCCGAUGGACCCGGAGAUCACCAAGGCCAAGAUCAUCGGCUUCGGCUCGGCGCUCCUGGAGGAGGUGGACCCCAACCCGGCCAACUUCGUGGGGGCGGGCAUCAUCCACACGAGGACGGCCCAGAUUGGCUGCCUGCUGCGCUUGGAGCCCAACCUGCAGGCCCAGAUGUACCGGCUCACCCUCCGGACGAGCAAGGAGAGCGUGUCCCAGCGCCUGUGCGACCUGCUCUCGGAGCAGUUUUAGCGGCGGGGACGCAGCCCGCUCCCCCUCAUCGUCUUCAUCGCCCUCCUGCCGACAAACCUCCCUCGUGCCCCCGUGUCUGAGUGUUGCCGUGCCAGGCCCCCGCCAGCCCCUCCUCCCCGCCCGCUCCCUCCGGCGUAGGUUCAGAGUUCAGGCGGACGCUGCGGUCUGCCCCGCCGGCCGGUGCCCUCCGGGACGAGCGCCGGGACGAGGGGGGACGCGGCCACGU